AUGCGCUCAUUGGGAGUCCUGGGCGUCGCGCUGCACGCAUCGCUGCUGGUGCUGCUGGCGCACGGGAUCCAUAAAUCCAGAGAUGGGCUCAUCAUGAGGUCUCUGCACCGCUUCGCCCUGACGGAGCGAUCCACGGGAUACCACCUGCCUACCUAUAUGAUGCAUCUUUACAGGAACUUCAGGUCCAACUUCUCCGGGCCCCUGGAUAACAUGGAGCAGGACGCAGCGAAGCGCGCGGAUACAGUAAAGAGCAUGAUGGCCAAAAGUUUGACCUACAGACAUGGCCGUUGGGUGGUGACCUUUGACCUCCACGUGUUGCUGACUGAUAAGCACAUCCAGGCUGCAGAGCUGAGGAUCAGACUUCCUCCAACACAUAAUCCUCUCAAUGCCUCAGUGGAGGUGUAUCACCUGCAUCAUGAGCCAGUAGGACUGCUCAACAUGUCAUCACUGGUAACUUCGUCACACAGCUGGAAGGUGUUCAACAUGACAAGCCCCCUCCUAGGGUGGCUCAGGCAGAAAUCGGCUGCAAAAAGCCGAACCAAAAGAAUAUCAAGGCGUAAGAAAGGAAUUGGGAAGAAGAGGAGCCUCUCUAUUCCACCUGUGUUUGAGACAGGUGGUCAGGCCUUACUGGUGAUCUUCUCCCAAACGGGGUCUGAUGAAAGCUCAAGAGCUAAAGCGAGCCUGCUGCAUACAGCUGAGCAAUCCAAGUUCUUGUCGGCUGCUGAAAUUAAAAGGGUCCCCCGGCCGAAGAGGCGUAGGAGCAAACGGGGCCAGAGGGAUCAAACGGCGAGAAACCCACAGUUUCCCAUGAAAGGGGGCGAAAAGUCCCUCUGCCGCAGAGUGGACUUGCACGUUGAUUUCAAUCAAAUUGGCUGGGGCUCUUGGAUCGUCUUUCCCAAAAGAUAUAACGCCUACCGAUGUGAAGGUUCUUGCCCUGGUCCUCUGGGAGAAGGUCUGAAUCCAACUAAUCACGCUUAUAUGCAGAGUCUCCUGAAACAUUUCCAUCCUGAACGAGUGGUGCCACCAUGUUGCGCUCCGACCAAAAUGAGCGCGCUGAGCAUGCUAUACUACGAGAAUGGAGAAAUGCUUCUUCGACACCACGAAGACAUGAUAGUGGAUGAGUGUGGCUGUCAGUGA